AGGCACCAACUCCAGACUGGGACCAGUACAAGCACUGCCACCAGUCAUAAGCACAGCACAAGAAAGCUGCAUCGGACUUCCCAGCACUUUUAUUUUAGAGGAACUAUGGCUUUCCUAGGAAUGAGCCCUCUUCUGAUCGUGGCCAUCCUCACCGGACUCGUAGACUUGGCGUUCUCAUCCUGCCCGGCCGUGUGCCAGUGUCCCCUGGAGGUACCCCGAUGCGCCCCAGGAGUUGGAUUGGUCCUUGACAGCUGCGGAUGCUGCAAGGUGUGUGCGAAACAGCUGAACGAAGACUGCAGCAAGAGCCAGCCAUGCGACCACACUAAGGGGCUGGAGUGCAACUUCGGGGCAAAUUCCAGAGCCACCAAGGGCAUCUGCAGAGCAAAGUCUGAAGGAAGACCUUGUGAAUACAACUCAAGGAUCUACCAGAACGGAGAAAGCUUUCAGCCUAACUGCAAACACCAGUGCACAUGCAUAGACGGGGCUGUUGGCUGCCUUCCUUUGUGCCCUCAAGAACUCUCUCUGCCCAACUUGGGAUGUCCAAAUCCAAGGUUGGUGAAGGUGCCCGGGCAGUGUUGCGAGGAGUGGGUUUGUGAUGAAGCCAGGGACACAGCCGAUGACAUGGAAGACUUCUUCAGCAAAGAAUUUGGUCUGGAUGCUAAUGAAGGAGAGCUUACCAGCAAGAACGAGUUCGUCCCUAUUGUGAAAGGAGGGCUCAAAAUGCUACCUGCAUUUGGCUCCAAUCCACAAGCCCAUGUUGUCGAGACCCAGAAGUGUAUUGUCCAAACCACAUCUUGGUCCCAGUGCUCCAAGACAUGCGGAACUGGCAUCUCAACAAGAGUUACCAAUGACAACAAAGAUUGCAGACUCGUUCGAGAGACCAGGAUCUGCGAGGUCCGGCCGUGUGGAGAGACAAACUACUCACAAUUAAAGAAGGGAAAAAAAUGCACAAAAACCAAAAAAGCUAAGGCUCCAGUGCGAUACAGCUAUGCCGGCUGCACAAGCGUGAAGAAAUACCGACCCAAAUAUUGUGGAUCUUGCGUGGACAGCAGAUGCUGCACCCCACAGCAGACACGGACUGUCAAAAUUAGAUUCAGGUGUGAAGAUGGAGAAACUUUCACCAAGAAUGUUAUGAUGAUCCAAUCCUGCCGGUGCAACUACAACUGCCCACACGCCAACGAAGCUUACCCUUACUACAGAUUAUUCAACGACAUCCACAAAUUCAGAGAUUAA